AUGGCUGAUAGAAGCGCCAAAAUGUAUGUGAUUUUUAAAUUUACUUAUUUUAUUUUUUUGUUAAUACAUAAUAAUAAAAUCUAAUUGUACACAGACUUGUUUGUUCCGGAGUCAAUGGACGGAUAAAUGGCUUCAUUGAUUAUUUAGAAUCAAUGUUCACUGAAUCCGGUGAUUACGACUACGUAUUUUGUAUCGGUAAUUUUUUUGGAGAUGAAGAAAAUUCUGAAAAUGAGUGGAAACAAUUUUUAGAUUCUGGAAAAACUGGUAAGGAAUAUAACUUUUUUCAGCUUUUAAAAUGUAUCAACAUAAUUAUAACAUGUUUUUACAAGUUUGUUAAAUUAAAUUACCGUAUAUCAGUAGCAUAACUAGGAUCUCUCUUUGGAAUGGUAAUACUAUUACUAUUAUUUAUUAAAAUUGUUUCAAUUAUUUUUUUUCAAUAUAAGUACUACAUGUGGAAUAAAGAAUUUAUGAAAUAAAAUAAUUUUUGAUUGGUAAUCAAUAUUAUCUGAAAUUUGGUAAAUAUUAUCUUCAUGUUACAAAUCUUAAGAAAUUCAAACUAUGGGUUAACUGAUCCCAAGAGGUUUUGUGGCUGACGUCUACCACUAGCCGUCUGCGUCUUAACGCUGGGUGCUACUUGCGGGCGGUCAUGGUACUGGAGCGACGACGGCAAGCCGCCGCCGAUCCAGGAUUUUCAAAGAGAAUACCGGCCCCGGGCUUUUGAGGCCCGAACCUUUCUCGCAACCGGGAGGGGUUUCCGUUCGCCCACUAGGUGCAGUGAAUUAGCUUUACUAUCUCGUGCCAGUCCCACAGCCACCACGUUUCAGCCGAGUAAGGCUCCUCAACAUUGGGGGCACUAGCGGCCAGGCCAAUCCGGCGUGAAGUGGGGCUCCCCCGUCCAUGGUACCUAAUAGGUUUUUGGUUGAGACUUCGUCUCUCCCACUAUUUUGGCUCCCCAGUCGGCUAGUGGUUGGCCUAAUAAACUAUGGGUCAGUAUGAUCCGAUGUGACUAUUUGUGUAACUAUCCUCUGCAUGGGUGCAACUACACUACCAACUUUGGAAGUGUUAAAAUUAUAGACAUAUCACUCUUGGACAAUGCUUUUACAAUCCCUCUACAUGAGACUUACAAUAAGCAACUACACAUUUCAUUUUUAUUUUUUAUAUAAAUUGUCUAUAUAGGUAAUCUGUAUUUGUUCUGCUUAUUAAUUAUGAAAUACAUAAAUAAAAUAUUUAGUGAAUACUAUAAAAAUGUAUUGGAUAUUUUAGGAGGUGCUAAUUUUAAGUGUGGGGGUGCUAAGAACCCCUAGAGUCCUCCUAGUUGUACUUAUGAUUCUUUAGUGACCAGUUAAGAGUUAAUUAUUUAAAAUUGUCUAAAAAUAUAAUUUGAUUAAAUAAUAAUUUUAUUAAAAUUUAUAAACAAUGUUAGGUAUUAAUUAUUUCCUUUUUGUACAUAAUAUAUCAAUAAAUACAAAUAUAUAGUUUAUAAUAUAAUUAUAACAUUUUGUUUAAAUCAAUUUGACAUAUUUGAAACCUUUCAAUAUACUUUCAAAAAUUACUACAAUUGACAUAAAAAUAAUAUACUUGAAUACAAAUUAAGUAUACAUCUAUUAAAGUGUAUAUACAAAUCGGUCUUUGGGCCAAUGUUGGUGUAUUCUGGUGAGCAAUUGUGAAUUAUUAAACUGCCCUAAUUUUUGGUGUCAAUAAUAUAGCAUCGAAAGAUAAAAAAGAAACAUCACCUUAUCUUCUUUACAUUGUGCGUGGUUUUGUUUGUGUCAGUUCAACUUAAAGUUUGGCUUAUUAGAGCUAAAUUAACCCAGAUGACCCAGAAUAAAGAGAUUAAGUAUCUGUGAAAAUUGAUUGAUUAAUCUGAAAACCUGUUUUAAUACUACUAUCAGAAUUUCUUUUUUACUAUUUCUCAAAUAUACAAGUUCACCAUUAUAUAAAACACUGUCUUUAACUUUUAUACAAUCAUAGGAUUAUCAGCCAAUAAUAUACUUUAUAUUAUAUUUUAUACUUUAUACUAAGUAUUGUAUACUUGGUGAUUCAUUUUAGUAGGUACACUCAUUAUCUUUGAAAGUAUUAAUUUAUUCCAGAAUUUGUUCUUUAGAACAUUUAAGAAACAAACUGCUUUACAAUUUUUUAUUUAUGUUAUUUUUGGAAGUAAAUUAUUACCUACUUUUGAUUUUCAAAUGGCAACCUAUAUUAAAUAAUCCAUAAAUAGAUAGAGUAUUAGAUAAUAUAAAUUUGAAAGUUUAAAUUUUUGAUUACUGUCAAGUUUUUGAUGUGAUAUUGUAAUAAUUGAUAUCAAUCAUGAUAUAAAUAUUAAUGUAGAUGAUUACACCAAUAACCAUAUUAAGUAUCAAAUUUUCGGGGCUAUAACCAUUACCUACUUUUGAUUUUCAAUUGAAAACCUAUAUUAACAUAUCCAUAAAUAGAUGGAGUAUUAGAUAAAAUAAGUUUAAGAGUUGAAAAUUUUGAUUUAUAUCAAGCUGUUGAUGAGAUAUUCCACUUUUAAGUUUAGGUUGGAGGAGAGUAGUGGUACAUUAUUAACAUGCCAAUAGCACACAAAUGUUAUUAACACACAAAUGAUACUCCACUACUUAUAAAUCAAAAUUUUCAACUCUUAAACUUAUUUUAUCUAAUAUUCCAUCUAUUUAUGGAUAUUUUAAUAUAGGUUUUAAAUUGAAAAUCAAAAGUAGGUAAUGGUUAUAGCACCAGAAAUUUGAUACUUAAUAUGGUUCUUGGUGUAAUCAUCUACAUUAAUAUUUAUAUCAUGAUUGAUAUCAAUUAUUGAUGGCCAUAAAAUUUGAAAAUGCAAUUUUAUAAUACUAAUACUAUUUUUUGAUAUUAUGUUAUUAAGAUUGAAAUUCAAACUAUGUAUUGGCAAACUUAUAAUCAGUGCUUAUAAUUGUAUUUAUGGUUCAAUUUUCAAUUUUUUUCAAUAACCAUACCUAAAUUAUAUCAAAAACUAAUAGUAAAAAGCUAUUGAGAUGACCAUAGGUAAUAAAUAAUAAAAUUAACAAAGACUUAGAAAUGUAUGCAAUUUAGAGUUUGUUUUAAUUCAUUUUAUUUUAUAUUAUUUCUAUAUUAGUAAGUUAAUUUUUUUUUCAGUUUCAGUACCUGUUUAUAUAUUAGGACCCAACAAAACAGAACAUAAAAAGUAUUUUCAGAACUUGACUAACAAGCAAUUGGCUCCCAACAUUUAUUAUCUUGGUAGUAUUUAUUAUUUUUAAUUAAUUUGUUUACUUAAUUUGAGUACAUUUUAUGCUUGUUAGGUAAACAAGGCAUAAUAACUUCUUCAGAAGGUUUGACCAUUGGCUUUAUUAGUGGCAUACAAGGUCCCUUUCAAGGUAUUAAGUGUGAAAUGCAUGAAUUCAACUGUGAAUCUCUGGAAAUGUUCAAAAAAUGUUUUGUAAGGUCUGAAAAGAAAUUGGAUAUCCUUUUGACAUCACCAUGGCCAACAGAUGUUUACAAUAAUGAUAAUACAAAUAAUGUAUAAACAGUUGUUUAAACUUGAGUGAUGUUUAACUAAAUUUUAUAAAAUAAAUCUUCUUUUUAUUUGUAUAGAUAUCUUUUUCUAAAGAAAAUUUGGAUACAAAAUGUGUAUCAAACCUAUUGUCAUGGAUAGCUAUAAAUGUAACACCAAAUUAUCAUUUUUCUGGAAUGCAAGGCAUUUAUUAUGAGCGUACUCCAUAUAAGUAUGAACAUAUCACUAUUUUUUAAAUUGAGUUGGGUAUAAUAAUUGCUUUUCAUUAUAGAAGUCCGAAUAACCAAAUAACAAGAUUUAUUGCUUUGGGUAAUUAUUAUAAUAUUAACGAACCUGAAACAAAUCCUAAACCAAAGUGGUUCUAUGAUUUUAUUUUGAAAAAAAAAAAAUUAAUAGCGCCUAAGGAUACAAUUGUUACUACCAAUUCACCAUAUUCUGCUACAUUUGAGUAUUGUGUACAACCUAUAUCAAAAGAAUAUUUUACUAAAAUAUCAGCCAGUGAUCGUGCUCUAAGAAUUCAAAAAUUCAAAGAAAGGAGUAAUCAAAGUGAGUUAAAUUAAUUUUUUUUUUGUAUACAAUUCAAUGUAUAUUACUUAAUCAAAAUAUAUGCUAACAAAUUAAAAAUAUUUAUUUUCAUAACAGCUAGUGAAGGAAAAACUGAUGUUUGUUUGUUGUGCUGGUCCAAUCAAACUUCGGCUAAUAAACACAUGAUUGUGUCAACUGGUGAUCUGGUGUGGACUUCUUUUGGUAUUUUUAUAAAUUCAAAUUUUAAUUUAUUUUAUUUUAUUUAGGUAUAUUUAGCUGGUAGUAAAAGUCCAUUGGUUCAAGAAAAUUUAUUUAUUUCUACAAUUGGUCAUUAUAAAUCAUUUAACAGAAUUUCAAAAAUAGGACAAUUUGAAGUAAAUAUGUAAUUACAACAUUUUGCACAGUAUUAUAUUUUAGAAUGUUGGUCACUAUGGAAUUAAAAUUAAUUUGUGUACUAUUAACAGGUUUAAAUUGUCUUUGAUUAAAUAUUUUCAAAGUUCUGGUCGUCAAGUUGUAUUUUUUGAACAAAACAUAAUGUCCACGCACUUCAACCUACAAGCAAUCCCAGUCCCAGUUUCCAACAAUAUGAUUGACCGUAUUAAAUGUGCAUUCAUAGUAAUAUAAAACUUGCACUACAAAUCACAUGAUAUGUUAUUAUUAUUAUUUUGUUUUUUUAAGGCUAAAUUCAAAGAGCAUGGCCUUAAUUUGGAGCCAAUUUAUGAAAAGGCCUUGUUAUAUAAAAUGAUAACGAGUGAAGGGUACUUUUAUUUAGAAUUGCCAGAAAGAAAAUAUUACUUGUAUACCACUUAUAAUAAAGAUAAUACAGAAUUUCCCAGUCUCAUUGCAAGGUAUUAUUAUAUAAUAAUAUUAAUUUUAUAAAAUUGUUUAAUUGAAAUAAUAAAACUUAGGGAGGUAUUGGCAUCAAAAUCAUUGUUGGAUAUCGAAGAUCGAAUAGAUGAAAAAAACUGUACUAAGGACAUUUCAGAAGAAACAAAGGACAUUGAAACAUUUAAGGUUGCUUUUAAGGUUUUCAACAAGUUCAAAGAAGUUGAAAAAGAAUAA